GAGACCAUGGUGUUCAAAAUCACUCAACAGACACGGGAGAGGAGAGAAAGGAACAGGUCUGUGCUCUGCUGCUCUAUUUCUCUCUCAUCACUCUCAGAAAGCACACAACUUUAAUCUGCAAAAUGGAGAAAGGAGGAGGAAAAGGGUUCUCUCUCCCAUCCAAAGAGCCUAAGUCUUCUCUCAAGUCCUCAUCUACUAAAGGAAAGGAUGAUUCAAAUAAUGGAAGGAAAAUCCAUUUUGAGUCUGAAGGUAAUUUGAGCAAGGGGGGGAAAGGAGGCAAGAUUGCAAAUGGUGGGAAAAGUCCAAUGACAAAAGAACCACCUCCGCUUGAGCUAAAAAUCGAGUCAGAACUCCCACAGAAUGCCAAACCCCUGAUGGAUUGUGAGGCUGCACAAAUCUUACAAGGAAUCCAGGACCAGAUGGUUCUGCUGUCUCAGGAUCCAACUAUCAAACUUCCUGUGUCAUUUGACAAGGGGCUGCAGUAUGCUAAGAAUGGUGCCCAUUAUACAAACCCUCAGUCUGUUAGACGAGUUCUUGAGGCUUUGAGAAAAUAUGGUGUCUCUGAUGGAGAGAUAUCUCUAAUCGCCAAUGUCUUUCCUGAAACUGCUGAUGAAGCUUUUGCACUUGUCCCAUCUUUGAAGUCUAAGGCUAGCACACUUAGAGAACCCCUGAAGGACAUUUUAGGCGAGCUAGCUAAGUUUAAACAGCCAGCAUGAAGCUCCAAACAAUUGAGGAGGAGAUUCUUGGCAAGAUAUCUCCUUUUUGCUGCUUGAGCUGGUGGCCAGUUUUCAGAAUGCGGAUUCAUCUCAUUCAUGGGGGGGAGAUGGAGAUGACAGUGUUGUGAUGGAUGGAGCUUGUAUAUUAUAAACUCCUUUGAUAAGAAGCUUUGCAUAACUUGCCUAUUAACUACAUUUAAUGUAAUGAACUCAGACUAGUAACGAUCUAUGUACUUUCUAACCAUUCAAAUCUUGCGUUUUUUGGGUU